CUCGCUGGAUGUCAUCGGUCCGGCACAGCAAGCCCAGCAGAUCCGCUUCGAACAGCGGCGCAUUCAGCAGCCCUGGGUCAGUGAUCACAGGACCACGAGCCGGUGACCCUGGAAACUUCAGUGUUUUUCUUCUUUUCCGAUUUUCAACUCUGCUGCCUACCUGCUGCCCCAUGAAGGCUGGAGUAGCUGCCCUCACAGCCGGGAUCCUCGGCGGCACCGGCGUGUUGCUUUUUCUCAUUGCUUUUGGGACGGAUUACUGGCUUCUAGCUACAGAGACCUGCGGUGUCUUCGAGCAUGAGAAUAGCACUCUCUGGACCAGGGAGGGUGAAAUGCUGACAGAGAUCAGGAAGGAGCCGACAGAGAUCAGGAAGGAGAUCCUCACUUUCCAUCAUGAGGGCUUCUUCUGGCGGUGCUGGUUCUUUGGCGAGGGCCACCCAGAGACCAUCUGGACCUUCUGGUACACCAGUCAAGCACACCCCAAGUUCUGCAUGCAUGGCCACCUCUUUCCCAUGCCCAUUGCUCUUGGACCUUUCCCCCAUCCUUCCUACGACACAACUGCAGUGUACAGAGGCUUCUGGACGGCGUUCAUCAUGCUGGCUGUCGCUUCUGGGCUGGUGGGAGGGCUGCUGCUGGUGUGCGGCGUGCCCUUCGUCAGCCCCCGGUCCUACAAAGUGGGAGGCGGAUUCCUCCUCGCCUCGGGAGGCUUAUUUCUCCUGCUCAUAUUUCUCUUUGUGAUCUGGAAGGAGUUUGCUGCUGAUUUUCAGAAGUACAUCCUUCUGGAGAGAAGUGAGAAGUGCAUGGACAUUGUACCUGUGCAUGUGUACUACGGGUGGUCAUUUAUGUUCGCUGCAGCUGGUGUGCCCCUGGUUUUACUUUCUGGACUCCUCUUUUACCUGAUCGGCAGAGACAUUAUGAAGUCCCUGGAGUAAGACAAACUUGCCACACUGAGAAAGCCUUUGAGAAAGUUCGUGAUGCUCCUUGUAAUGAAACGUUCACAAGU